UCAGGCGGGUCUUCUCACCAGCAAAAACGUCCAGCCACAUCUCAGCCUGCGAGGUCUAUCAGCACCACAGAUAAGGGACGAAACGGGGGCAAAAAGACCAAAGACGAAGCCGAGCUAGACCGGAGCAGAGCUGCCAUGGCGUUUCACUGGACUCUUACCUUACCGCUGCUGUGUCUGAUGGACUUCAGUCUAAUUUGGGCUUUCAACCUGGACACGGCGAAUGUCAUCAUGAAAAGAGGGGAUGCGGACAGCCUGUUCGGCUUCUCCCUCGCCAUGCACCGGCAGCUGGUCCCGGCGGAUAAGAGAAUGCUGUUGGUUGGUGCUCCCAAAGCGAAGAAAUUGUCCAGACAGCAGUCUCAGACAACAGGGGGGCUGUACACCUGUGACUUAAACUCUCCCAGCAUUGACUGCCAGCGAGUCGACUUCGACAAUGACGAGAACCUGUCGGAGGAGAACAAGCUGAACCAGUGGAUGGGAGUGACUGUGCGGAGUCAAGGACCUGGAGGAAAGAUUGUGACAUGCGCUCACCGUUACCAGCGACGCCACUUCGUCAACUCCCCUCAGGAGUCCCGUGACAUCACGGGCCGCUGCUAUGUGCUGAGUCAGGACCUGAAAAUUGACAAAACCACUAUGGAUGAAGGCGGAGACUGGAAGUUCUGCCAGGGCCGACUUCGAGGCCAUGAGCGUUUCGGCUCCUGCCAGCAGGGCAUGUCCGUCACCUUCACCAAAGACUACCAUUACCUGGUAUUUGGAGCACCUGGAGCCUUUAACUGGAAGGGCGUGGUAAGGGUGGAGCAGAGGAACAGUACGCUGUUGGAGAUGAAUAUAUUUGACGACGGGCCGUAUGAAGUCACAUACAAAACUGCUGAAGAACUGGACGAAGUUGCCGUCCCAGCCAACAGCUAUUUAGGAUUCUCUCUUGAUUCUGGAAAGAUGUUAACUAAGAAGGGGCAGCUAACUGUGGUUGCUGGAGCCCCUAGAGCCAAUCACAGUGGAGCCGUAGUCUUGCUGAAGAAAGAUGCUGAGUUGCCCCAGCUGAUCACUGAAUAUAUCCUGGAAGGAGAAGGUCUAGCUUCCUCAUUUGGCUACGACCUUGCAGUGCUUGAUUUAAACGGAGACGGAUGGCAGGACCUUGUAGUUGGAGCUCCUCAAUACUUUGAGAAAAACGGCGACAUUGGCGGAGCUGUCUAUGUCUACAUCAAUCAGAACGGAGACUGGAACAAGGCCACACGGACCAGAAUAAAUGGAGCCAAAGAUUCCAUGUUUGGGCUGGCUGUAGAAAACCCGGGAGAUAUCAACCUGGAUGGCUUUAACGACGUUGCUAUCGGGGCACCACAUGAUGAAAAUGGAGCCGGAAGCGUGUACAUCUAUCACGGCUCAGCCAGCGGCCUCAUUGACAAACCCGUUCAGGUGCUGAGAGGAAAAGAUGUGAACAUUAAGCUUUUUGGGUACUCUUUAGCCGGAAACAUGGAUUUAGAUGGUAAUCAGUAUCCAGACCUGGCUAUUGGAUCUCUGUCCGACACUGUAGCCGUGUUCAGGGCCAGGCCUGUUAUCAACAUAGAAAAGUCUGUAACCAUGACACCAAAGGAGUUAGACCUUACUAAGAAGAACUGCGGUGACAGCAUAUGUCUUCAGGUACAGGCCUGUUUCAAAUUUACAUCCAACUCCAAAGAUUACAGUCCCAUUGUCAGAAUGAAAUACUCCAUCCAGGUUGAGUCUAAAAGGAAGUCACUGGGUCUUCCCUCUCGAGUCAUUUUCAACCCACCCUCCCCGACAGAUUCAGAUUAUGAAAGCACAGGAGUGCUGGAGCUCCGAAAGCCCAACGAGCGACAGUGCAUUACAAAAAACCUCAAACUGCAGGAUAAUUUAAAGGAUAAGUUGAGAGGCAUUCCCAUAGAGGUGUCAGUGGAGAUGCAGAACCAAGGAGGACGCAGGAAGAGGCAAAGCUCCCUCGGCGAACUCCCCCCCGUGCUUGGCUCCAGUCAGCCAACUGCCAGUGAGGUCAGUUUUCUGAAGGAAGGAUGUGGCAGUGAUAACGUGUGUGACAGUAACCUGAUGAUGGAGUACAAGUUCUGCUCUCGAGAGCCCGGCGACAUCUUUAAACCUCUACCAAUUCAAAACGGAGUUCCACUCAUUUCACUCACUGGCCAGAAGGAAAUCGCCCUGGAGGUCAAAGUGAGAAAUAAGGAUGGAGAUGAUGCGUAUGAGACGGUUCUGACCGGAUCUUUCCCUAGAUCCCUCUCGUACUCUGCCAUCCGCAGCAAGGACCCUAGCAAACCGAUCAUCUGUGUGGCCAAUCAGAAUGGUUCUAAAGCUGACUGUGAGCUGGGGAAUCCGUUCAAGAGAGACUCAGAGGUAACGUUCUACAUCAUUUUGGGCACUGGUGGGAUUUCAUUAGAUGUGACCGAAGUGGAAGUUACGCUUCAACUCAAAACGACGAGUAAUCAGAAAGCACUGACUAUUACAAAAAAGGCUGAAGUUCAAAUUGAGCUGCUGUUGUCCCUCUCGGGGGUGGCGAAGCCGUCUCAGCUGGAAUUCACUGGUGAGGUCAGAGGAGAGAGUGCCAUGGAAACAGAGUCUGAUGUGGGCAGCCAGAUUGACUACGAGUUUAGGAUUAUAAACCUGGGCAAGCCUCUGAAGUCGUUUGGCACGGCAUCUCUGAAUAUCGAGUGGCCCAGGAACACAGUCUCGGAUAAAUGGCUCCUGUAUCUUAUGAAGAUCACCACUACAGGUGUGGAGAGGAUCGGCUGUAGCAGACCGAACGAAGUCAACUUCCUGAAGCUCACUGAGGAGAAAUCACCACUAAGAGCCAAACGUGAAGUCGGGGGAGAUAAAAGCUCAGAGGAACCCAAAUUCUCCCUUUUUAAAGACCAGAGGAAAUUCAAAGUCUUGUCGUGCGACAGUGGAGCAAAGUGUGUGCAGUUUAAGUGUCCUCUUCAGGGACUGGACAGUAACGCUGUUAUUUCACUAAAGGCCCGAAUCUGGAAUGGCACCUUCCUGGAGGAGUUCUCCGACCAGAAUUACGUUGACAUCAUCACAAAAGCGCGGCUCAGGCUGGACUCUGCACUUAAAAACAUUGUGCUGAAAAACGAAGAUGCACAGGUGCGAGUGACUGUGUUUCCAGGACGCAAGGCAGCUCAGUAUGGAGGCUUACCGUGGUGGAUCAUCCUGGUGGCUAUAUUACUGGGGCUGCUCCUGCUGGGAUUGCUCAUCUUCCUGCUCUGGAAGUGUGGAUUUUUUAAACGUACCAAAUAUGAUGACAGCGUGCCGAGUUACAGUGCCGUGCGGAUAAAGAGGGAGGAGCGAGCGUACCCACCUGGCAAAGAGCAGCCAUUGGAGAAGAAGCAGUGGAUGACUUCCUGGAAUGAGAACGAGAGCUACUCCUAGCCUUUUGCUGCGGUGGCUGUUAGCACGCGUUAUUAAUCUCCUUUAAAGGAAAACAAAACAUAAAAACCAGGCCAAAGACAUCUUUCCCCAAACCCUGAGUGCUUCAUGUUUGCACACCCUGAACUGAGUGUACAUAUCACAAUGACAGAAUGAAAGGAACUGUAAAACAAAUGUACAAAUAGAAUUUCUUACACCUUCUCCACUGAGGGACUGGUUUAAAAUAGUGAAAGAAAUUGAAAAGGAAAAAAAAAACAAAUUACUGAAUGGAAAAGGGGGAGGAGCAUAUUUGCCCUAAAAGGGAAUUCCACAGAUUUUUCCAAGUCAUAUAGUCAGUAAGAAGUUAACAACGUCAUACAGAGUGGAAUUGUCCACAGUGGUGGUGAUAAGAACCAGAUGUCUAGUAAGUAGACAAUAUUUUAUUAUAGAUUUGUUGUAAUAUUUUUUAUUGCGGAGACGUGCUGCAUGUGUUGUGAGGAAAAACAGUUCCCAAAGAAAACUUAAUCAUCAUAAACAUUACAUAUAAAAACUCAGGAGGCACGCGCAGGUGGACUGGUCAUUUUAGAUAGCAACUAGCAUGGCUGUAACUUUGUUUUAGAGAUAAUGACCCCUGGUUCCUAUCACCACCACUGUAAAGACAUCAGGUAGUGUCUCUAUAAUGAACCAGUUCACAUCAAACCACUCUGGAUGAUCCUGUUUACAUCUCAACAAAAACAGAAAUUAUGCAGAAAUUCUAACAGAAAAAACGGUGGAAUUCCCCUUUAACCCCACAUCUAUGCUUCAGUGGUCCCACAUUCAUGAAUAGGACAUUACAUGUGUUCCUAUAUGUUGUAUAUAUACUUGAUCAUGCAUCAGAAGAAUAUCUAUUUAUUCUGAGACUGUUCUGUGGUCACACAAACAGGCCAAAGACUAUAUGUCGCUGCCUGUCGGAAGAAAACCUUGUGUCUCCGUUUUUGUCGCUUUUCAGUUUUUGACAAUUUGAAAAUGUCUGAUGUCCUUUAUAUUGUCUGUAAAUUUCAUGAAGAAUGGACCAAAAAAAAUUGACCCAAAACUACUUGGAAAAAACUCUGGUUCUAUUGACUUACAUUAAAAGUAACGUAUGUUUUUUCCUUCUCCUGUAAAGUCACUAUUUUGAAGAUAUGAGAUUUUCUUCCGACAGUGGAGAGAUGCUUUUUUAUGCCUACAAUGAGGGUCUAUGCAAGGAAUCUAAAACUCGUCUCCAUCCUUUCGACUUUUUUAACUUUUUGAAUUUUACUUAAAACUGCUUGGAUGAAUGUAAAUAUUUGUGUUUUUUGAAUUCUUCCUUGUGUCUAAGUUCUUUGUUUUGUAAGUUAGGUUUUUAUUGAAUUGUGAAGAUUGGUACAGAUUCACAUUAACUACUGCAAUUGGACUUCAUUUGUUCUGACGGGAUUCCUGGAGGUCAUCGUUCAUCUACACAGGACAUUCUUUGUAGGUUUACUGUAAAAAUGACUAGGCUUAAAUUUGAAGCAAGUUAGCACCUUUCUAUAAUGAGUAUUAUGUAUGUAUAGUUUCUUAUUUUUUACAUACAUGGAUAUGAUGAGAAGUGGGGGAAAAGGAAUUUCAGCCAUAUUUGCCUACAAACGUGAUGAGAGAAAUGUUACAGAACAUUAGUUUCAUUAAAAAAUAACUGCUGUGGAUUUGGGGGGCAGUGGGAGUGGGAUGUAUGCACUGCAGAACUCACCAAUGCUUUCAAAUGAAAUAAUUUCCAUAUCUGAUGUGCUCUAGCAAACAAACUCGACUGUUCACUAAAAACAAUAAAGUGGAGAUUUUUUAUGUUUGA